GGUGGGAUUCACAGUGCCGAAUCGCAACAAAAACGGCUUGACCGCGGUGGGGAUUCUGGUGCUGGGCCGCAGUUCCGGUGAAAGGGACUCCGAACGCUUCAGGAUGUUCCAGCUUGGUGGGAACAGUUUGGCGCUGCCCCCGAGGCCUGGUCCAGAAAGACCUUGAAGAUGAUAGUCUGAAACCGACCAGACAAGACUGAGGUCAAGGCCUUGUGGUCCAACAUCAAGUUGGAAGAAUGCUGCUCAAUUUCCAUAAACAACACACACCCAAACGACAAAAGUUGAAGCUGUUCUUGCUGCAAAGGGUGGACCGACCUCAUAAUCGACGUUCAUAUGUGAGUCAAGGGAUGCCUAAAGUUGUGAAUAGAUUGUUUGCUUUUGUUUACUUUAAGAUGGCAACGAGUCGGUGCGUGCCACUCCAAUCCGGUAGGUGGCGCUAAUCGCCCGGGCCGCCACCGAGAAGGGACUUGAAGGCCUGAUUUCCGGGGGGGGGGGUGACAGGUGUCAGCUCGCCGUCGUCCGUCCGGAGCCGUCGACGGUGGCGGUGUGACGAGCUUCGUCCGGCCGUGGUGGUCCACCCUCGUCCUCCUCCUCGUUGUCGUCGUCCUCGUCCUCAUGGCGUCCAGACGACCGGACGGCUUCGACGGGCUCGCGUACCGCGGCGGCCGGGACGAGCCUCCUCACUUCUCUUCGGCUUAUUCGCUGCGGAGCGGCCCCGCGGAGCCGCCGCAGCACCUCCACUGGGUCACCACGCCGCCGGACAUCCCGGGCAGCCGCAACCUGCACUCGGGGGAGCGGACCCCGCUCUACGACGAGCCACCCGGGGCUGCCUCGGACUGGGACGCGACGACGGGGCAGGCUGGUGGCCCCCUGCCGCCGCCGCCGCCGCCUCCCCCUGAGCAGCUGAACCGCCUCACGGGUUUCGGGAUCGGACUCGUCAGUCUUUUCGCAGAGAACGUGCUGACUCAUCCCUGCGUGGUCUUCCGCCGCCAAUGUCAGGUCAACUACCACGCGCAGUGCAACCACCUGUCGCCGUUCAGCGCUCUCGCCGUCAUGUACGCCAUCAGCAAGGCUCAGGGCCCGCGGGCGCUGUGGAAGGGGAUGGGCAGCACCUUCAUCGUGCACGGCGUCACCUUGGGCGCUGAGGGAGUCAUCAGCGAGUUCACCCCGUUGCCACGGGAGAUUCCCCACCGCUGGAGCGCCAAACAGUUGGCCGGGCACUUCCUGCUCAAAGGUCUGACGGCGAUGGUGGCACUUCCUUUCUACUGCUCCAGCCUCAUCGAGACUGUGCAGAGCGAGAUCGCACGCGACGAGUCGUCUUCGGGGCUGCUGGACUGCGUCCGCGAAGGUUUUGCCCGCCUGCUGGGCGCGGGCGCCCCUCACAGCCGCCGCCUGCUCCCUCUCGGCGCCCUGCUGCUGCCCGCCGCGUGCCACGCCGUCCUCCGCUACGCCGUGGCCGUGGCCGUGCAGCGGGCCGCGCUGUGGCUGCACCGGCGCGGCGAGAAGCCGGGCCGCGGCCCGGCGGCGGACCCGCUGGAGGCCCACUUCCCCGAGCUGGCGGCGGCCUGGUUGGGCUCGCUGGCGGCGGACGCGCUGGCGUACCCGCUGGAGACGACGCUGCACCGCCUCAGCCUGCAGGGCACGCGCACCAUCAUCGACGCCACGGACGGCGCGGGCCCGGCCGCCGGCGCGGGGAACGGCGGCGGGCCGCUGGUGCUGCCCGUCAACACGCAGUACGACGGCCUGGCCGACUGCGUCCACGCCAUCCGCCGCAAGGAGGGCCGGGCCGGCUUUUACCGGGGCUUCGGGGCUCUGGCGGCCCAGUUCGCGCUGCACGGCGCUCUGCUGGCCGGCGCCAGGACGCUUCUGCGGCUGCUGCUGCUGGAGGGCAAGGUCGGCUAGGUGUCGCUCCUCGUCGGCGCCCCAAACUCUGAGUAAACGGGACCUUUUUGUCUUCUUCUUCUUCUUCUUCUUGUUGUUACAAAGAUUUUUCCAGAGCUGCGCGAGUUGUAAAUAUCCAAAUGAGCGCAUGCUCCUCGCUUAGUUCAGCACGUGCGCUGACCUCACCGUGAUGUCACUUCCUGACUUGUGCGCGCACGCAUGAAGCCAAAAACAUUUUUGUUUGUAUCAACUUGUCAUCCAGCAAAGAAUAAAUUAUUGUGGUGCAGACCGUU